AUGGUUCAGUUCAUAAUCUUAACCCUGGCUUCAAUAGCCGCAGCGGCUAAGUUGGAGAACGUCUACCUUCCCCCCCACUCCAGCUCCUCAAGUGGCGGAGACGCUGGACUGCAAACACCCUUCGAACCCCAAGACUUCAGCAGUAGAGCAACGCAAGGGAAUCUCGCUUCCUCAGCCAGUCAAGUGGAGUUGGUGAAGUAUGAUAACCAGAUUGAUGAGCAAGGAUACCACUACGCUUACGAGACCAGUGAUGGGACCAAAGUGGAACAGGAUGGCCGCGUGAUCCCAGGUCCAGUGCCAGAAGAGGGGUCACUCCAAGUGGCUGGGUCCUAUUCGUAUAUCGGUGAUGAUGGUCAGACCUACUCCGUGACGUAUGUAGCUGACGAGAACGGCUUCCGAGCUGAAGGAGCCCAUUUACCCACUCCCCCGCCGAUUCCCGAGGCGAUAUUGAAGAGUUUGCAGCUCACAGACUCAUCACGCGCUCAUUACGACAGCAAGAAGAGCAGUUACGACGCAGACGCCGGUUAUUGAAGAAAUAUAGUUCAAUAAGUCGUAUUUGUAUCAUAGAAAUAAUGAGAUGUUUAGAUUUGCAUUUGCUUAAAAAUGCGCGGGCGCGCUCAAUAGUGAGAUGACACUUAAUUUGUAACACACAACUCACAUCCUAUGACGGAUUUCUUAAUGAAUUUAAAUUUUA